CACAUGAGUCCUGACCAGAGCCCAGAGAGAAAGAGCAAAAGGGGGGCAUACAAAGGGAGGUUGGGAGAGAAGACAGAGGAUACAGAGAAAAAGAGAUAUCCAGAGAGAAGAGGACAAAGGAAUACACAGGAAGAGAAAGAAAGACGGAAGGAAACAUAGAACUCAGAUUAAUUUUUUGUUUUAAAAAAAGCUGCUGCCCUUUGAAUCUGACAGGUCAAACUCCACCAUCAAGUGCACCUUCAGGAACAUAACAUGUCUGGGUGAACGAUCACCGCACUCAGAAAAAUAGAAGAAAAGAAAGGAAAGACAAAGUGUUGAAAGCCACAUUGGCUACAUCAACUUCGACAGGAAAAGGGACGAUAGACAUACGUGUCACGUCGCAUCAUGAAUAACAUAGCUGUGAUUCUGGCUGCUGUCACCUAUUUCACCUGGACAUAUACACCUAUUUCAGCUGUAUUUCACUCUCAAAGACAAGGUGUGCAUAAGAAACUUCGGUACCUUCUUGAGCCACCCGUCUAUGCAGAAGUAACAGCUCGUCGAGGUGCGAACGUCACUCUUCCCUGUUUGAUGCUAUUUAAACCACCCCAGUAUAAAGUGAAGUGGACAAAGUUGGAACCACUGCACCGUGGAGUAGAAAACAUCGUUCUCAUCACAAAUGGUCAGGCGCAAAAGGGAUAUGGCUUGCUGGGGCCCCGGGCAUCGUUGCGCCGAGCUUAUCCAUUGGAUGCCUCCCUGCGCAUCAGCAACCUUGAACUGGAGGAUGACGGAAGGUUCCGAUGUGAACUUGUCAACGGAAUAGAAGACGAAAGUGUCGUUCUUACCCUGAGAAUAGAAGGGGUUGUAUUUCCUUAUCAGAGUUCCAAUGGUCGUUACCAAUUUAACCACCAGGAGGCCAAAGAGGCUUGCCAUGGACAGGACGCUACGCUGGCUACGUAUAAGCAGCUGUACAGAGCCUGGACAGAAGGACUUGACUGGUGUAAUGCGGGAUGGUUGAAUGAUGGGACAGUCCAUUACCCCAUUCUGCACCCACGGUCGCAGUGCGGAGGGGAGAAACUCCAUGCUGGAAUUCGCAGCUACGGCCCCAAAGACAAGACCCGGGACUACUUUGAUGCCUUUUGCUUCACUUCUAUAACAGCAGGGUAUGUGUUUUUCAUCGGAAGCAAACUGAACUUUACAGAAGCAAUAGAGGUUUGCAGGGAGAAGGGGGCGGAGCUGGCCCGAGUCGGUCAGCUGUAUUCGGCCUGGCACUUCAGGGGCUUGGACCGCUGCAACGGAGGCUGGCUGUACGACGGCAGCGUGCGCUUCCCCAUCACCAACCCCAGGAAGCGCUGCGGAGACCUGCACGAGCCAGGGGUGCGCAGCUUCGGCUUCCCCAGCAAGAACCUGCGGCUCUACGGGGCUUACUGCUACAGGUAGUGGGGCUGGGGGGAAGACUUUGAAGGUUGCACACUGACUCUUCAGAAGAUGUCAGCAGGAAACAACAUGCUUGGGCAGUUUUAAAACAGUGGUUAAUGUUUGCAAGUUUAAGGAUAACUGCUUGUAUUUAAAAUUCAAUUGCAUUACCUCCUGACUUUGUGAUUAUGUUAAUAUUUAUAAGCAGUGGUAUUUGCUGUGACUGGAGGACAUUGUCAGUGAGUAUCAGGAUUACAUACUGCCACAUGAAGGCUGAGUACUGAGAAGUGGAACAAUUGUGAGCAUUUUUCUUCAGUUUUAAUUCAGUUCAUAACAGGUUCAAAUGGAUUAUAGCAAAAUCUUUUGUUUUGUUGCUUUUGUGUUCAUGCUUUUUGAUCACAUGCUCAUGUGAUCAAUAUAAUAGCAGUCUCCAUAGAAUUAAUAUACUGUAGCUAAAAUGAAUGUUAAUUUUCACCAUGGACAUGGAAGAACUUCAUAUGAUGUUAAUUUGUGGAAUUCAGAAAUUACCACCUUAUUCAUCAUAAAUGUAUUUAUUUUGUAGCCAGGGGAGACAUUUAUUUUAAUGUGAUUGUAUUCAACCCUCCAUUCUGUGCAUAGUCUGUCACUCUGCUUGAUCCAUGAAGUCCAUAAUCUUAAUUCACUGUAGUUCAAAUUAAUUUGAAAAGAUGAUUCUGUGUUUAAUGUAGAAAUGCAUCAAUAAAGUAAAUAAUUAUAUUGUAGAUUGAACUGAAUUCUGUUAUAUUAAUAUGGAAUAUUGCUAAUCGUUUCAUCAAAAUUGUACUCCCACUUAAUGUCCAAACAUCCUCUGUAAACAUUUUUUUUAUUUCUUUUGAUUCAAGCUCAGCGAGUGUUUCAAUGCGUCUCAAUUGCUGUACCUUACUAUAUGUGUGCUUUUUCAGUAUUAAGAAGUUAUGCCCAAAUAGAUAAGCAUUAAUGGAGUAUGUGAUUAAGUAUGACAGCACUAUACGCUAUUCAGUUACAAUGCCCUAUCAUAUCUUUGAACUGGAGAAAGAAGGCAGGACAAAAAUGGCAGUUGAACCUUGAAUACGCGUAUUUCAUGAAAACCUUUAUGAAACCCGUGCAGCUGUUCAGACCGAUUUGAAACAACACAUAUUUAUGACACAGUGCACAGCACGGAACACUUAAACAUACUGUGGAUAGUAUGGGUUUGUGUGUACUUUGAAUAUUACAAUAUUACAAUUACAAUAUUGACAGAAUAGAUCAUUCAGACAGGCAGAAUUCUUCCUCUGUGGUUCAUCCUGUAACUCAGAGCCCAAAGAUAUUCUAUGGGCUUACCUGCCGAGAAAAACUGCUGUGAGGCUGAAUUCUCAGUGCUACAAGAAUGCAAGAUUGAGAUCAGCCUUCAUGGUAAAGACAUAAUACCAGACUUAACACUGACAUCAAAGCUCCCUUUGGUAACAUCCGUCUAUGGGCCACUCACAAAGAGCAUCUCCGCUUUGUGGGAAUUACAGUGAAUAGAAUACCUAAUAAGUUGACAAGUCAAAAUUAAUGGAAUGCAUAGGGGUGAAAGGAAAAGGUACAUUCAAAAGGCUCUUUGCAGUGCUGUUUAAUGUCUGCUGAAGCAAAAUGUGAGAGAGCCAUAUGAAUGAAAUGUGAUUGACUAUGAGGGAAAGAGAUCAAUGACAAGUAUAUCAGCAGGGAGAAGAUUGGUGUUGUAUAACACCUGAAUUGAAGUUGAAAAAGUGUGGUUAAUAAAUGGUAUACUCCUCAAUCAAUCAUUUUGCAGAGAGAGAGAGAUAGAAAAGAGGAAGGGUAUCCUGACUUGAGCAGAUUCAAGCAGACUGUAAAAAGGUGAAUUAUUUAUGUGCGCUGUAAAGACCUGUUCCCCUCAUUAUAAUAAGGCCUUUCCAUCACACUGGCAUUUUUCAAAUGUUCACAUCAACACCCUACCACUAGUUUAAAUAUCAGUGGUCAGGACUUGUCAGUUGGAGUUAUUUUUUGAGGGAUUUUGAGUCCCCGCGUCCCAUUAAAUUAGCAUACCUAUGCAGCUUUAUGGAUGAACAUACAGAAUUCUGUCAGUAGAGGGAGACAUAUGAUAAGAGAUAGUAUUUCUCAUUGUUCAUUCUGCCAUAUGUACCCGACAAAAUUCAUGGCAAGUAGUUGUUACCAUUCUGCAAGUCAUGACACGGUUAUUACUUGUGAUUCAUUCAGCUAUAAAAUGUCUUUUGUCUCCAUUGUACUAAAUUUGGUGUGAGAGUUCACUAAAGGGGAGUGAAGUAAAGGAAGGCUGCAGUAUUGCAGUAAUAGAGUUACUCUGUUACAGCAGAGCAGAAGCAGAUACUCACAUUACCGGCCAUUGCUCCUCUGAACUCAUCAUAUUGCCACAGCUAGCAUCUACUGCUGGCAACUAGCCAUACUAGCCUAUGAACUCUGCUGACAAUGCUAAGAUUGCUAUUGUAUUGUUUUACUUUUACAAUUACAAUUAAAUAGAUUGCUCAUGUAGUUUGUUUCUUGAUUUCUUCAUAAUAGAUUUCUAGAUGUCUUAUAUUAUCUCUGUAUACCUGCAAAGAUUGUUGCAUUUUUUGAAGGAUUGUUUCACUAUUUGUAACUCCCAUUUUCCAUUGGCCUCCCCAAGCUUGGAUUCAGUUGAGCUAAAUUCAGUAGCAUAACCCCUUCAGAUGCUCACCAUUUUGACUCAACGGACACAUCUGUUCUGGGAUUGCCUUUCUAGCUGCUGAAUCACUCACUAAUCCUCAUGGCGGCUAACAGGUGCAUGCAACCUUUUAGGGUCGUAAACUGUGUUUAACUUAGAUGCAAAUGCCUGGAACUUAAUUUGCGCACCUGUGAAUUUAAUAAAUACGCAAUCUGCACCCAGUUUAUAUUUUUAUAACAUUCAAGGAAACAGAAUUUGUGUGUUAAAUUAAAUAUAAAAAUAAAAUAACAUGCAUGUUUAUCCUUUAGAGAACAAAUAAAAUAUGCAUACAGAGCAAUUUUGAGUCAGAGGUAUUUUUCACUUACUGUGUAAAAGUGAGACUACCGAAGAUGGCCUCAUCUGCUAUUAAAAUAUGUGAUGAGCAUUCACAAAACAUAUUAUUGGGUUAAAAACAGUAUCCAUGUUUUAUUCCAUUAAGGCUGACACACAUAAUCUUCAAGAUCACAGGUACUCACACUAAUUAUUAUCUGUACUGCACUAGCCAUACAGAGUUAGCAAGGAGCAUCAGGAAAAUGACAGGAAAGGUGUUUAAAAAAACCAGCAACGUCAUUAACAGUUCUGUUAGAAAACCUAGUCAUUUAUGAAAGUGUGUAACAGUGUGGCAAGUAGCAAGUAGGUACCAUGUACCAGAUGGUACCUAUUUGCUUAACAAUUCACCAUAUUCUUCAUACAAUUUAAUUACCUGUUAAGACAUCAGUUUACUGAUAGGGAUGCUGCACCAUUACAGAAACAAUACAAAGAGACUGCUUGAGCUUUGUGAUAUAAUCAUGGUUUCUAUCUGAGCACAGCUCAACCUAUACUUGUAUGACAAGAUUAUCAUACAUUUUUGAACUCUAAUUUUUGAAACAUUAAUACACUGGGAUGAAAUUGCAACUCCACAAACAAGUUAGCUACUAAAUUAUUGUACAGUAUUAACAAUAAUAGAGCAUGGCAGAUAUAUGAUAUGUGAUUUUGCCUGGAUUAUUCUUGGUUUAUUGCUUUUGAUAAUAAAUGUGGGCCCUUAGGAAGGGGACACAUUCCAAGGAUUGUUGAUUGAGAGUAUGAAUAUGAUUCUUAUUUGGACGGAAAACGCUGGUUUGAAAGAUACUGGAGAAAUGUAAACCACAUCGCCAACUUCUACUUGAUAAUUAAAUGUUAAACAUUAAACACUAAACAUUGUUAUGCUUCAAUUACAGGGCUAGUAAAAAAAUAUGUACUUGCUGCUGUUUUCAUUUAAUUACAUUUGAAAAUGGAUUUUGUAUUUACUGUGGAACUGUAUUGGUAAAAUAAAUGAUCGAUGAGAAUGAAUUAACUAAUGUUAUUUUGUGAAAUUGGCAAUCCUACACAUAUUGCUACAACACAAAUCUUUCCAUUAAAACAAUGUCAUGCAGAUUAUCCAUUUCUGAGAAAAUGCUAAACAUGUGAUCCUUUAAAUAGGACAGAGCUGACUUAUGGAUAAGAAUAUUUUCAGUGAAUAUUUACAUUAUAAAAUGUUGGAUAAGUUUUAUAGCAUUAGAAAUUACGUGUAACUAAUGUGUCUACACUUAAGCAUUUAAAUUAGAGUACUACUAUUCAAAAAAUCCUUUGAGGUCACAAGCUAUUGGUGACCACAAUGUGUUUUACUGCUCUUGUUAUCAGUGGGCCUUGCUCAUAACAUAUCAAACAUCAUUAUAUGUACACCUGGGCCCAUCUACCCCCAUCAUCACCCUAAACACACUAGAGACAUGAAAAAUUAAGCACCAGAUUCAUAGGUCAUAUAUGUAAAUAUUGAUAAAGUUGGGAAAAGAAGGAAAUUAAAGACAAGACUAGUCAAAGGGAAGAUAUCACGUGGACUAAUACUGAAGAUUGUUCAGAGACUUUUAGACCUGACUACCAUAGUAUAUAUCAGUUUGUCCCAAACGUUAAACAGCCAAUACAUUUUUGUCCAUUUCAGAGAUCCUGCCAAACCCCUUACUUCAAAAGUUGCUUAACUUCACGUGAUUAAUUUCAUAAUUCUAACUAAAGGACACACCACUCUGUGAUGGGCCUGAACCCCAUCCUUUAAAUCAUCAAAUUUAUACCCGCCUAAGAAGUUAGA